AAUUUCAAUGAUGUUUGGGGUUUCCUGCGCUUUAAUUUUUAAAAGGAAUUAAAUAUAUUUGCUGAAUGAUCUUCUUAUCUGUUUAGUGGUUAAUGCGUUGUUUAUUAUCACCAGUUAAUCUAAAGAAAUAGAUAUCUCCUGAAUCCGGUUCUGCAUUGUGGAGCGAACUCAGCAGCACCGGCCAUGCUAACCAUAGGAUAAUAUUCGCGGAGGAGGAGGAGUCGCGUUCGGACACCUACACAGUUCGGAAAAUUCUUUCUCAUUAUCAGUUUCCAAAAAAACGCGUCACGUAGCCCUUGGCCCUAGUUCUUUAUCGGAAUACAAAAAGCUAAAUUAUUGUAACCUCGCGAAUGUUAGUUAUUAUUCUCUGGUUUUUCCUGGAUUAAAUAAACAAUAACUUAACUCCGGAUCGAUAAUAAAUAGUGAAAAAAUUUAUCAAUUAGACAAUAGUUAAAUGUAAUUAAUUUACAAACAUUUUGCAUCUAGCGAAGCUCUGAGAUAAUGUCACUAAUAUUUGUCAGUGAUAUGGAGGAAAAAUAUUAGUAAAUUAACAUUAUUGCCGGUAAAGGAAAACCCUUUGGGCCCUGGGUUUUAGGACGAGCAAGGGCCCGGGCCUAACGACUCCGUAGGCAGGCCCGGGGCCCCACCAUGCUCAUCAAAGAGUACCGCAUUCCGCUGCCGCUCACAGUCGAAGAGUACCGGGUGGCUCAACUUUAUAUGAUAGCGAAAAAAAGUCGCGAAGAAAGUAGUGGACAAGGCAGCGGUGUUGAAAUCUUAAUAAACGAACCUUACAAAGAUGGUCCUGGUGGACAGGGACAGUACACUAAGAAAAUCUAUCAUGUGGGAAGUCAUCUUCCAGGAUGGAUUAAAGGGAUUUUACCCAAAACCGCCCUGAUGGUAGAAGAGGAAGCUUGGAACGCAUAUCCAUACACCAAAACAAGAUACACGUGUCCCUUCGUGGAAAAGUUUUACUUAGAAAUCGAAACGUACUAUUUUCCAGACAACGGUCAUCAGGAUAACGUUUUUCAUUUGACAGGGAGCGAUUUUAGAAACCGUAUUGUAGAUAUAAUCGAUUUCGUGCGUGAUCAACUCUACGGAACUGACUACGUGCGAAAUGAAGACCCUUUGCUCUACGUUUCGGAAAAAUCAGGUAGGGGACCUCUGUCCGAAAAUUGGGUAGAAGAAUACUGGCAGGACGUUCAGGGCAAAGCGCAGCCCACCCCCGAGGGCAGGGCUAUGAUGUGCGCCUACAAGUUGUGCAGGGUAGAGUUCAGAUACUGGGGCAUGCAGACGAAGAUUGAAAAGUUCAUUCACGACGUCGCUCUUAGGAAGACUAUGCUUAGAGCUCAUCGUCAGGCUUGGGCCUGGCAAGACGAAUGGCAUGGACUGACAAUGGCAGACAUCAGGGAAAUAGAGAAACAGACGCAAUUAGCUCUCAAGAGGAAAAUGGGACAAGUGGAAGACGACGAAAUAGAUGAGGACGACAACCUGAAUAGUAGCACAGCAAAAGAAGAUCCUUGUAAAACUUUAGCAGCAACUUUAGGCAGUAUAGAAGUAUCAGAAGAUAGUCCCCUCCUAACCAAAACUUCUAACGUUCCAACCAUACAAACCGCUGCAAGUUCUGACGGAGAUGUUUCAGAAGAGGAGCACAUGACUUUAACCAUCAAUCGGUUUUUCAGAAGAGACGAAAAAUGGCAGCAGUCGCGCAACUUGCACUCCCCCAGUUCGGCUUCUGUCAAAAGUUUUGACUUGCAAGUGGCCAAUUGGAGGAUAGAGGCUCUGGGGAGAGAUUCUGAGUCCCCUUCUGAUGAAGAAUUUUUUGAUUGUGAAGAUUCUUCAUCUUUGGCAAAAUGGAGCUCCUUAGAUCUUCUAACUGAGGAAGAUCUAGACUCUACAUCCCCUACUAUUGUAGACAACAUUAAAAAUGAUGAAACAGAUGACAGUAUAUUUUCUUCAACAUUCCUUCAAAGGGUUGCUAGUGAACGGGGGAUGCGUAAGGUACUGCAAAGGGGCAAAGUUAACUCUCUAGACGCUUCUAGGCCAGACUCCCCUAGUGCCAUGAACUCUCAGGUUCCAUGCAACACCACAGUAUUAAUUUUAGUUCUUCAUGCGGGUAGCGUACUAGACGCAAACGUUGAUAUGGCAGCCAAGAAGUCUGACGUCACCACAUUCAAGGGUGCGUUCGAGUCGGUGAUGCGGCAGCACUAUCCAUCAUUGGUGGGGCAUAUAGCAAUAAGAUUAGUGUCGUGUCCAUCAAUAUGUACAGAGAGUUUAGGUAUAUUAUCUAGUCUUAGCCCUUAUAGUUUUGACGUGUCUCCGUCAUGCGUAGACGUGCCCCAAGUGACACAUGACUCAAUUCCCAUUGGGGCUAUUCCUAUUUUAGCUACUGCUAAUUCUGAUCAUCAGGAAGCUGUAUCACGGACAAUCAAUGCAUCUAAUACUGCUUAUCAAGAGUUUCUGAGAUCAGAAGAAGGCAAUGGGUUUUCUGGUCAAGUUUGCUUCGUUGCCGACUCGUUGGGUUCUAUAUUAGGUUAUGACGCUUUGUGCAGAAAUAACAAAUACACGUCUAGACAUGGCAGCGAAAAUAGUAUGUUGGAUAAUGAUCACAAAGACGAUUAUACGAAUAUGGAUACAUUUCUGACUGCUCCGCCCCCUAGGAGAAGAUCCUCCUCAACUUGUGACUACUCACAAAUCAAACUUGAGUUUGACGUUAGUGAUUUCUUCAUGUUUGGUAGUCCCCUCGCUUUGGUGCUGGCCUAUAGAAAGAUAGCUACACCUGAUGAAAAAUCAGGCAACAUAACCCGUCCAUAUUGUCUUCAAGUUUACAAUUUGUUCCAUCCAACCGAUCCCGUAGCUUCUAGAUUGGAACCAUUGAUUUCUGCCCGAUUUUCAAUCUUACCUCCUGUCAACGUUCCAAGGUAUGCCAAAUAUCCACUAGGAAAUGGUCAACCCUAUCACUUACUGGAAAUUUUACAAACUAACCCUCAAAUGUUUAACGAUCAAGCUCAACCUAGACGCUUAUCAGAGGUUUCUAUUCAAAGUACCGUAUCUGGUUUGAUUGAGUCCAUUCCACUUCAUACCAUCAAUGCUUUGCAACAAAAAUGGUGGGGAGGCAAACGACUCGAUUACGCUCUGUAUUGCCCCGAAGGUCUCUCGAAUUUCCCCACCAACGCAUUGCCUCAUCUUUUCCACGCUAGCUACUGGGAGAGCUGUGACGUCAUCGCGUUUAUUUUACGUCAAGUCGGUGGUAUAGAGGGUGGAACUGACGUAUCUGGCGCUGACGAAGGCAGAGAGUCGAUUUUCAGGCCUGGUCAACCGAGAGAGAAGUGGAACAAGAAGAGGACGUCGGUUAAAUUAAAGAACGUUGCCGCCAAUCACAGAGCUAACGAUGUGAUUGUUCGGGAAAAUGCCGCGCAGGCUCUACUGGCGCGGUUCAUGUAUGGACCUCUCGACAUGAUAACUUUGACAGGCGAAAAAGUCGACAUUCACGUAAUGAAAGACCCGCCGUCCGGAGAAUGGGUACUGUUAUCCACAGAAGUGACAGACAAAACUGGCCGGAUCGCCUAUACUAUUCCUGAAGACAAAAGUGUUGGAUACGGACUUUAUCCCAUAAAAAUGAUCGUUAGAGGAGAUCAUACUUCUGUUGACUUCUUCCUAGCUGUUGUACCACCUAAGACAGAAUGCAUAGUAUUCAGUAUAGAUGGUUCUUUUACUGCCAGUGUUUCUGUGACAGGGAGAGAUCCCAAAGUUCGAGCAGGCGCAGUAGACGUUGUUAGGCAUUGGCAAGAACUAGGGUAUUUGAUAAUAUACAUAACAGGAAGACCUGACAUGCAACAUCGAAGAGUUGUAUCUUGGUUAUCGCAACAUAAUUUUCCUCAUGGUUUGGUUUCUUUUGCCGAUGGCUUAUCGACGGAUCCUUUAGGUCACAAAGCAGCAUAUUUAAACAAUUUAAUACAGAAUCACGGUGUUAUCAUUCAUUCAGCUUACGGUAGCGCCAAAGACAUCAGUGUUUACACCAAUAUCGGUCUGAAGCCUAAACAAAUCUUCAUCGUUGGAAAGGCUUCGAAAAAACAACAAUCGCAAGCCACUGUCUUGACAGAAGGAUACGCCUCUCAUCUGGCUGUUUUGAUGGCCCAUGGCGGGUCCAGACCAGCCCAGGGUAAUGCGCGUAUGGUUAUUCCCAGAGGAUAUUUCGGGUUGCCCGGUCAAACCAUCAACAGACGAAGAAGGUCGGCAAAAAGAGCCACUUCGUACCCAAUUGCUUCAGAGCUUCCACAGACUGUCGAAAGAUCGCUGAGUACUAAGAGGUACCAUCUUCCAAAGCCAGUAUUAUCGAUAUCUCCAACCUUGAAUUCAGAGUCGUAGAAAUAUUUUUCUAUUUUUCAUUUUUCUAAAUGUUGUUCUCAAGAAUAAUUAUAUUUUGUACCUGUCCAAUUAGUGAAGAUUUUUUAAAUUUACAACGCAACCUCUUUAAACGGAACAGCUAAUUGUAACGACCCAUUCCAGUUAGCGAAUCGUUCCAAUUAGUAAAUAUAUACAAUAUGCAUAUUGUAUCAUAUUGUGCAAAAAAAUCUUAUGGAUAUUUAUGUAAUAAUAAUAAUAUAAUAUUGAUACUU